ACGCGCCGACUAUACUCGUGCGACUCAACGAUAUUGUACAAGCUUCAAAUAGUAAUUUGUUGCUAAUUGCGGUCUAGAAAUGCCUAUGAAAGGAAGAUUUCCGAUCCGGAGGACGCUGCAGUAUCUGCAGAAAGGCGACAUAAUCUUUAAAAACCGAGUGAAGAUCAUGACAGUCAAUUACAACACACGGGGAGAGCUCAGCGACGGAGCAAGGAAAUUUGUGUUCUUCAAUAUUCCUCAGAUUCAGUACAAAAACCCGUGGGUCCAAAUAAUGAUGUUCAAAAACAUGACGCCGUCGCCCUUCUUGAGCUUUUACUUGGAUGACGGUGAACAGGUGCUGGUGGAUGUGGAAGGCAAGGACCACAAAGACAUUUCACGACACAUAAAGACCAUUUUGGGCAAAUCCCAGACGGUGUUGGAGGGAGAAGCACAAGCCAAGAUGCAGGCCUCCAACCCUGCCAACUUUGGCCCAAAAAAGUACUGUCUGAGGGAGUGUAUCUGUGAGGUGGAUGGCCAGGUGCCUUGCCCUGGCACCACGCCGCUGCCUAAAGAGAUGACGGGCAAGUAUCGUGCCCAGAUGAGAGCGGAACAGGAGUGAAUGGCUGAGAAGAAAAGCAGAUGUUUCCUUUUUUUGCAAAUACAUGAAGAGCUGCACUCAGCAACACUCGCGGUUGUUGUCUGAGCUCACGCUUCAUGUUUGUAUGUGAUGUUGAAGAAUCCUGAAAGAUGCAAAUGCAUGUGAAAAGCCUGGCCUUCUUACUGUGUCAUCAAAACAAGUUAUAGAUUCUUGUAGACCUCCUGCCGUAUGGGAAUACAAGAUGAGUCACAAAUGAUAUAUUUCAAACUCAAACUAGGAGUUUUUCCCUUCAAUGUGGGCCAGACAAUCAAGCAGAAAACAUGCAGUGGCGGUUGCUGGGUUCAGUGAAUGAGGAGAGGCAAGAAUUGUGGGAGGACAACGCACCUACUCACAAUGCCCUGUGCAUCUGAUACUUCCUCACCGUGCUGGAGCACCUUGUUUACUCACCCGACCGGGCUCCGUGGGAUUUUUUCAAAGCCAUUUUGAAGGCGUGGACCACAUCAAGACAGCCGUGACGGCGGUGCUGCGCAGGAUCCCGGAAGAAUCGUUCCAUGAGUACAUGAAGGCAUGCCAGAGAAGGCUGCGAAAAAAGGCCUUUCAGUCCAGGCAAUUUACUUCCAAGGGGACAACUUGUAGUUUGGAUUUUAACUAUACCUAUUGUGACACCAGUCCUGGAACCUUUCUGCCACACCUCAUACAGCAGAAUACAGAAUUUUGACACACAAAAAUGUAAUCCGAUUUGUUUACUUGUACCAAGAUGUUAAUAAACUGUCCAAAAUAUUA